AUGGAGAAUGCUUCUUCACCAUCACCAAUCACCCCUUUCACAAACCUUAUUAAAGACAAAGCCAAAACCAUAGCUAUAGCCUUUGCCUCAAAAAUCAAACAUGUGAUAAUCGGUUUUGCCCAAAAAAUCAAGAAAACUAAAGAAGAUGAUCCAAGAAGGAUAUCACACUCGUUGAAAGUGGCGUUUGCCAUCACAUUGGUCUCCAUGGUUUACUAUCUACAACCUUUCUAUAACGGCAUGGGUGAUGCCGGAAUGUGGGCUAUAUUGACAGUCGUCGUUGUUUUUGAGUACACUGUUGGUGCAACCUUAAGUAAAGGCAUGAACAGAGGUUUUGCGACUCUGCUAGCUGGUGCAUUAGGUGUAGGGGCUGAAGCAUUUGCUGGCUUAUUCGGGCCGACAGUUAAACCCGUUGUUCUCGGCUGCUUUGUCUUCCUCUUGGUUUCUGUUGCCACUUUUUCAAGAUUCAUUCCCAACAUUAAGAAGAGAUACGACUAUGGUGUCCUGAUAUUUAUCCUGACUUUUACCUUAGUAGCAGUAUCUGGUUAUCGAGUCGAGAAAAUAAUAGCGCUGGCUCACCAAAGGUUAUCAACCAUCAUAUUUGGUGGCACAACAUGUAUAAUCAUCUCCAUGUGUGUUUGCCCUGUUUGGGCUGGUGAAGAUCUUCAUAAACUCAUUGUUGUUCAUUUGGAAAAGCUUUCAAUUUUCCUUGAAGGAUUUGGGGGCGAAUACUACAAAAUUGAUAUUGAAGGUGACAAAUCGUUUCUUACGGCUUAUAAAAGUGUCCUAAAUUCUAAAGCCACUGAGGAAUCUCUGGCAAAUUUCGCAUGGUGGGAAAUAGCACAUGGAAAAUUUCGAUUUCGUCAUCCAUGGAAACAAUACUUGGAGAUUGGGGUUUAUACACGGCAAUGUGCAUACCAUAUCGAAGCACUCAAUGGAUACCUUGAUGCAAAAGAUGAAGCACCCUCAGAGUUCCAAAAACUUGUUCAAGAACCAUGCACAAAAAUGAGCUCGGAAGUAGGAAAAGCUCUGAGAGAAUUAGGAGCGUCCAUGAAACUAAUGAUACAUCCUUCUACUUCAUCAGCCGUUCAUAUAGAGAACUGCAAAAAGGCGGUAGAAGAACUCAAUAGUUUGUUACAAGCAUCCACGUUGAUGAAAUCGGACAUCAAAGAGACCAUCCCAGUUAUCGCGGUCAUUUCAAUCCUAUUUGACAUCAUAAAAUGUGUUGAAACGAUGUCAGAUGCCAUCCAAGAACUUUGUAAACAAGCACGCUUCAAAAAACCGGAAGAUAUAGAAUGUAAUAAAAACGAGAAACAACCAAACUUUCUUCUCCACGGUGGAGCUAUAAAACCCGAGGACGGCCUUGAUGAAGAAAACAAAGAAACGAUCACUCUCAAAGUCUUAUUAGAUGAUAGAAUCAUCCCACAAGACUUAGAGCUAGGUAAAAGCAAAAGAGACCUCAAGUUAAAUAAUUAUACUUAA